CGACUCACUGUGCAUUUGGUUCUUGGAAUGGGUCGGGUCUCCAUCACGCCAACAACAUCUCUGCAACGGGGCGCAUCGAUCGAUGACAUCCCACGGCGGACGCAGGAGCUCCACCACGGCACUCUCUUGUCCAACCUCUGUGUAGCUUUGGCGACCGUUGUCGCCAUUUGCACGCACUAUCUCAACCAAAUCGCCAACUCGGUCGCCUACAUGGGCAUGAAUGAGCACGACUUUGGCGCUCACCAAUGGCACGUACCCGUUCUCACGCUGCUCGAAGCCACGUCUUCGCUACACUUCAACGCGUCUCUCGUCCCGACGACCGGCACCGUCUCGCUCAGUGACCUCAUGUACAAGGCUUGCAGUAUUCACAACCAAACGUGUGCCAACGCAUUUGCGCCCGAGUCGGCUCAGAUCUGGAACCUCAUCGGCCUUGCGUUUCGCCAGAUUCCAGACAUUGACACACCUCGCUUCCAGGACGCGUCCGAGGAUGUUCGCUUCCAGCACGUCAACAACCUCAGUGGCUGGAACAAGGUGCUGGCUCAGUACUACAUUCCCGGGUACGCCACUGCAAUCACGUGCAUGGCGCGUCGCGUCAAAUUCUCCAUCAAUGGCAAUGCCAGCGGCGUCGACACUUUGGCCUUUUGCAGCCGCCGAGCGUACGACCCGAAAUGGCGCUGUGAGAACGACGUGCCGCCUGAUACACCUGUGUACGUGGUGCAGCUCCAGAAAGCGACAACCGUCUAUCUGGGUGCCGUGCUCAUGCGCGAUAUUCACUUGAACCCGGGUGUUACGGCAACUGCGGUCGGUGGUCCGCACGGGCCUGCAUCGAUCAGCACUGUACCAUCCAUCGAUGAGUACCAAGUCGGUAUUUUACAGGUCAGUGCGCCCUGGGAUGUGUUGGCAGCGUCCCGCUGCUAUGCGUACAGCCACGAGACACGCCUCGGGUGGCUACUGCACGUGCGCGGUCGCGUCAGCAUUCGAUGGACAUGCGAUGCCAUUUUACUCCCAAAUGCCAUCACGCUUUUGGGCGCCACCUUGUACUACUGCAUGCACCAAUGGAUUUUUGCGGCCGAGAGCCAAAUUAGCCUCGUCGUCGUGUGUCUCUCCAAGAACGUGCUUGGGUUUGUGAUUCUAGUUGUCACGUUCUGGGACAACACCAAUUUGCAGACGCUCACGACGUACUUGGUGCAAAAUGACGUCGAGUCGACGAACGCACAGAUUCUCCGCUAUUGCGGGCCGGCUCUCGUCGCGUCCAUCGUUGGUAUCAUGACGGGGCCUUGUAUUCAGUUGUGCUUCUCGCCCCGUGUCGUGACGCAGACGUGGCUGCUCACGCUUUUUACGCCGCUCAACUGGGCUCUGGUCUUUGCCUUGGAAGCAUUUGUCUUUCCGUACAUGAACAAAAGUGUGCCCGGGCCUUGUGGCUACGCGACGUCGACCAACUGCCUCCAUUUGACAGCAAUUCCUCAAACCUACUAUUUCUCGGCGGUGGUGGCGGGUGCCGUUGUUGUCGCCGCUGUCAUUACGAUUUGUCUCCAUGCCCGCUGCCUCCCCGAGACGGUACCGGUGCCGCCGACGCACUCGGUGCUCCAGUACCUUGCCAUCAACGAUAUCCGGCACAUUGCCACGUCGGGUCGGGGCUGCGUUCUGUCCAACUUUGAUGACGACAUCAUCGUUGACGCUGGCCUCUUGAUGAUGAAAACAUGGUGCGCGUCUCCGACACGUACUUGACUCGGAUUGGAAACGCCCAGUACGGCCUCUUGUAUCGACUCCUGCCUGCCUCUGCUCGUCGGCGCGCUUCACAAA